GCGUCCCCUCCGCCCCCCGCAGCGUCAUCUCCAACGUGAACGAGACGUCGCUAGUGCUGGAGUGGAGCGAGCCACAGGACACGGGCGGGCGGGAUGACCUGCUCUACAACGUCAUCUGCAAGAAGUGCAGCGUGGAGCGGCGCCUCUGCACCCGCUGCGACGACAACGUGGAGUUCGUGCCGCGCCAGCUCGGCCUCACCGAGCGUCGCAUCUACAUCAGCAACCUGAUGGCCCACACCCAGUACACCUUCGAGAUCCAGGCCGUGAAUGGCAUCUCCAGCAAGAGCCCUUACUCUCCCCAUUUCGCCUCUGUCAACAUCACCACCAACCAGGCAGCCCCAUCGGCUGUGCCUACGAUGCACCUGCACAGCAGCACUGGAAACAGCAUGACGCUGUCAUGGACUCCUCCGGAGAGACCCAACGGCAUCAUCCUUGACUAUGAGAUCAAGUACUCGGAGAAGCAAGGCCAGAGUGAUGGCAUCCCCAACACUGUCACCAGCCAGAAGAACUCGGUGCGGCUGGACGGGCUGAAGGCCAACGCUCGGUACAUGGUGCAGGUCCGGGCACGCACGGUGGCUGGGUACGGCCGCUACAGCCUCCCCACCGAGUUCCAGACCACUGCGGAGGACGGCUCCACCAGCAAGACUUUCCAGGAGCUGCCUCUGAUCGUGGGUUCGGCCACUGCAGGGCUGCUGUUUGUCAUCGUGGUGGUGAUCAUUGCUAUCGUCUGCUUCAGGAAGCAGCGCAACAGCGCGGACCCCGAGUACACAGAGAAGCUGCAGCAAUAUGUCACCCCUGGGAUGAAGGUCUACAUUGACCCCUUCACAUACGAGGACCCCAACGAAGCCGUCCGGGAAUUCGCCAAAGAGAUUGACAUCUCCUGUGUCAAAAUCGAGGAGGUCAUCGGAGCAGGGGAGUUCGGCGAGGUGUCCCGCGGGCGCCUGAAGCUGCCCGGCCGCCGCGAGAUCUUCGUGGCCAUCAAGACACUGAAGGUAGGCUACACGGAGCGGCAGCGGCGGGACUUCCUGAGUGAGGCCAGCAUCAUGGGCCAGUUCGACCACCCCAACAUCAUCCACCUGGAGGGUGUGGUGACCAAGAGCCGCCCCGUCAUGAUCAUCACGGAGUUCAUGGAGAACUGUGCACUUGACUCCUUCCUCCGGCUGAACGAUGGGCAGUUCACAGUCAUCCAGCUGGUGGGAAUGCUGCGAGGCAUCGCCGCCGGCAUGAAGUAUCUUUCGGAGAUGAACUAUGUGCACCGGGAUCUGGCCGCCCGCAACAUCCUGGUCAACAGCAACUUGGUCUGCAAAGUGUCUGACUUCGGGCUCUCUCGCUUUCUGGAGGACGACCCAGCUGACCCCACCUACACCAGCUCCCUGGGGGGCAAGAUCCCCAUCAGAUGGACGGCUCCCGAGGCCAUUGCCUACCGCAAGUUCACUUCGGCCAGCGAUGUGUGGAGCUACGGCAUCGUCAUGUGGGAAGUGAUGUCCUACGGGGAGCGACCCUACUGGGACAUGUCCAACCAGGAUGUGAUCAACGCAGUGGAGCAGGAUUACCGCCUGCCACCUCCCAUGGACUGCCCCACGGCUCUGCACCAGCUGAUGCUGGACUGCUGGGUGCGGGACCGCAACCUGCGGCCCAAGUUUGCACAGAUUGUCAACACGCUGGACAAGCUCAUCCGUAACGCUGCCAGCCUGAAAGUCAUCGCCAGCGUCCAGUCUGGCGUCUCCCAGCCACUCCUGGACCGCACCGUCCCAGAUUACACCACCUUCACCACUGUGGGAGACUGGCUGGAUGCUAUCAAAAUGGGACGGUACAAGGAGAACUUUGUCAAUGCCGGCUUUGCCUCCUUUGACCUGGUGGCACAGAUGACUGCAGAAGACCUGUUGAGGAUAGGUGUGACGCUAGCAGGGCACCAGAAGAAGAUCCUGAGCAGCAUUCAGGACAUGAGGCUGCAGAUGAACCAGACGCUCCCAGUGCAGGUUUGACCGCAGGGGACUCUGCAUUGGAACGGACCGAGGGAACCUGCCAACCAGGUUCAGUUUGGGGUGCAGCCCGCCUUCCCGAUUCCCCCUCCACAUGGCGCUCCUCUGCCUCGGACGGUCGCCUGGGAUGGGACGGGACAGGACAGGACGGGCCACCCCUCCCUGGAUCGGAGGCACCGAGAGGGAGCCCAGCUUUUUGUCCCGUGUCCUGGAGCGGCGAGGCAGCAACACAUCUUCAUAUUGAAGAUGGAUUAUGGGACAGAGAUGGCACAUCCCGCUUCCCACCUUGUCUCGGUGCUCAUC